AUGGCGGCAGGCAGGGCGCCGACGACCAAAGGGGAGCCCCGAGAACCGACGAGGGGGGCCCCAGAAGCGCCGGGGCAGAAGCGCCCGAAAAGGAGGACAAGGCGGCCGACAAGGGCGGAGAGGAAAAGAGGAGGGCCGCAAAAGACAGGCGACAGAAAGAGGAGGAGGGGCGAAACGGCAAAAGGCGGGCGGAGGGGCACCGAGGGGCGCAGGAAGGUGGAGGAGGGCAAGCCGGAAGGAAGCGGGACCAGCCGGGAGAGGCAGGACCGAGGCGACCAUGAAGACCCGAAACCGCACCGAGAGGAGCCGAUAGGGGCGGCAACGGGGAGCCUGUGGUACAGAAAGAGGCGGCGCCGGAACAGGGCGGCAGGCAGCCUGGCGCCGACGACCCAAAGGGGGAGACCGAGGAGGGGGGGCCCCGUGAAGCACCGGCGCAGAAUGCGCGCGGAAAAGGAGGACAAGGCCGUCCGAGAGGGCGGAGAAGGAAGAGGAGGGCGCAAUAGGGCGGGACAAGCGGACAGACAGAGAGAGAGGGGCGAAAAAACGGUGAUAAAGGCGGCGGAGGGGCACCGAGGGGGCGAGGAAGGGGAGGUGAGGGGCAAGCCGGAAGAAGCAGGGAGCAGGCCCGGGAGAGUGGUCAGAGCGAGCGACCAGAAGACCCGAAACCAGGACCGAGAGGAGCCGAGAGGGGCGGCCCGAGAGCCGGACAGAAGGAGAGCGGCGCCGUGGAACAGCGGCGGCAGGCAUGGCGCCGACGGACCAAAGGGGUUGAGACCGAGGAGGGGGGCCCCGAAAAGCACCGGCGCAGAAGAGCCCAAAAAAGGAGGACAAGCGGCGGAUGAGGGCGGAGAGGGAAGAGGGAGGGCCGCAAAAGGGGGACAGAGGACAGAAAGGAGAGAGAGGGGCGAAAACGGGCCAAAAGGCGGGCCUGUAGGGGCACCGAGGGGCGCUAGGAAGGGAGGAGGGUGCAAGGCCGGAAGGAAGGGGACCAGCCGGGAGAGGCAGACCGAGGCGACCAGGAAGGACCCGAAAACCAGCACCGGAGGAGCGAGGGCGGCGCGUGGGAGCCGACAGAAGAUAGCGGCGCCGAAAAAAAAAAAAAAAAAAAAAAACAAAAGGGCGGCGAGGCAGAGGGCGCCUGACGACCAAAGGGGCGAGACCGAGGAGGGGGCCCCGGAAGCACCGGCGACAGAAGCGCGCGAAAAAGGAGACAAGGCCGCCGAGAGGGCGGAGAGGAAAGAGGAGGGCCGCUCAAAAGGCCGGGACAACGACGCGAGGGAAAGGGCGGGCGCCAAAGCGGCCGGAGGGCAGCGCAGGGAAGCAGGGAGGGGAGGGAGGGGCAAGCCGGAAGGAAGCAGCAGCGCCAGGAGAGGCAGGACCGAGGCGACAGAGACCCUGAAACCAGCACCGAGAGGGCGAAGGGGCGGCCGAGAGCCGGACAGAAGAGAGCGCGCCGGAACGGGGCGGCAGGCAGCGGCGCCGACGAACAAAGCGGGAGACCGAGGAGGGGGCCCGGGAAGCACGGGGCAGAAGCGCGCCGAAAAGGAGGACAAGGGCGCCGAGAGGGGCGGAGCAGGGAAAGAUGAGGGGCCGCCAAAGGGCGGGACAAGCGACAGACAGAGAGAGAGGGGGCGAAAACGGCCAAAGCCGGCCGAAAGGGGCACCGAGGGGCGCAGGAAGGGGGAGGGAGGGGGCCAAGCCGGAGGGGAAGCAGGAAGCAGCCAGGGAGAGGCAGACCGAGGCGACCAGGAAAGACCCGAAACCAGGCACCGAUAG